GCCUGCGCGAGGCCGGCGCCGCCGCCGAGGUGGUGGUGGCGACGCUGGGCACGCGCGCCAGCCAGGAGACCCUGCGCACGGCCCUGGCCAUGGGCGCCGACCGGGCGGUGCUGGCCGAGCUGGGCGAGGGCGUGGCCGCGGGGCCGCGCGAGGUGGCCGCGGCUCUGGCCGCGCUGGCCCGGCGGCUGCAGCCGCACCUGGUGCUGCUGGGCAAGCAGGCCAUCGAUGACGAUUGCAACCAGACCGGGCAGCUCCUGGCCGCCAUGUUGGACUGGCCGCAGGGCACGUUCGCCUCGCGGGUGGAGCUGGAGGCCGGCGCCGUGCGCGUCCAGCGCGAGGUGGACGGAGGCCUGGAGACGCUGCGGCUGCGGCUGCCGGCCGUGCUGACCGCGGACCUGCGGCUCAACGAGCCCCGCUACGCCACGCUGCCCAACAUCAUGAAGGCCAAGAAGAAGCCUCUGGAGGUCGUGGCCGCGGCCGAGCUGGGGCUCCCCGCGGGGCCCCCCCGGCUGCGGCUGCUGCAGCUGCAGGAGCCCCCCCCGAGGGCGGGCGGCGAGAAGGUGGAGAGCGUCGAGAGCCUGCUGGGGAAACUGAGGCAGGCCGGCCGCAUCUGACCCGCCGGGGCUCACCGGUUCCUCCCCAGUGCCUUCCCAGUUCAGCCCAGUUUGUCCCAGUUCAUCCCAGUUCAUCCCAGUGCUGCACAAAGCGUUAAGAGUCUGAUGGGGAAACUGAGGCAGGCCGGCCGCAUCUGACCCGCCGGGGCUCACCGGUUCCUCCCCAGUGCCUUCCCAGUUCAGCCCAGUUCAGCCCAGUUUCUCCCAGUUUGUCCCAGUGCUGUAUGGAACAUUGAGAGCAUGCUGGGGAAACUGAGGCAGGCCGGCUGCAUCUGACCCAUCAGUUUGUCCCAGUUCGUCCCCAGUGCCUUCCCAGUUCAUCCCAGUUUGUCCCAGUUUGUCCCAGUUCAUCCCAGUGCUGCACAAAGCGUUAAGAGUCUGAUGGGGAAACUGAGGCAGGCCGGCCGCAUCUGACCCGCCAGGGCUCUCCCAGUUCAUCCCAGUCCAUCCCAGUUUGUCCCAGUCCAUCCCAGUUCAUCCCAGUGCUGUAUGGAACAUCGAGAGCCUGCUGGGGAAACUGAGGCAGGCCAGCCGUAUCUGACCCGCCGGGGCUCAUCGGUUCCUCCCCAGUGCCUUCCCAGUUCAGCCCAGUCCGUCCCAGUUCAUCCCAGUGCUGUAUGGAACAUUGAGAGCAUGCUGGGGAAACUGAGGCAGGCCAGCCGUAUCUGACCCGCCAGUUUGUCCCAGUUCAUCCUCAUUGCCUUCCCAGUUUGUCCCAGUUCGUCCCAGUCCAUCCCAGUUUGUCCCAGUCCAUCCCAGUUCAUCCCAGUGCUGUAUGGAGCAUUGAGAGCCCGCUGGGGAAACUGAGGCAGGCCGGCCGCAUCUGACCUGCCGGGGCUCACCGGUUCCUCCCCAGUGCCUUCCCAGUUCAUCCCAGUUUGUCCAAAUUUGUCUCAGUGCUGCACAGAGUGUCGAGAGCAUGCUGGGGAAACUGAGGCAGGCCGGCCGUAUCUGACCCGCCAGUUUGUCCCAGUUCGUCCCCAGUGCCUUCCCAGUUCAUCCCAGUUUGUCCCAGUUCAUCCCAGUUCGUCCCCAAUGCUC